AUGAGCAGUGGACUUGCCGACUUUGACGGAGAUGACGUGAAGGCACCCAUUGUGUCUGCGCAGCCGCACAUUGGUGUUGGGAUGGGCACACACAGUGCAGUCGCCCUCGGCGGCUUUCAGGACUUCUGUCUGAAGAGCGAACUCGCCAACGCCAUUCGCGAGAACGGCUUUGAGCACCCAAGCGAGGUGCAGCACCAGGCACUCCCGCAGGCGAUGCUCGGCGCCGACAUUCUCGUGCAGGCAAAGUCCGGCAUGGGCAAGACGGCGGUGUUUGUGUUUGCGCUCCUCGAGCAAAUUGAGAAGGUCGCCGACGGGCAGAAGCCGCACUGCCAGGCGAUCGUCGUCGUGCACGCCCGCGAGCUCGCCUACCAGAUCGAGCAGGAGUUCAAGCGCUUCAACAAGUACCUCCCGUACUGCACCACCGGCGUGUACUUUGGCGGCAUCCCAGAGGACGAGAAUGUGCGGCAGCUGAAGAAGGAAGUGCCGGCGAUCGUCGUGGCCACGCCGGGCCGCCUCGCCGCACUCAUUCAACGCAAGGCCCUCGAUGUUUCGCGCGUGAAGUGGUUCGUUGUCGAUGAGUUUGACAGGUGUCUGGAGGAUGUAAAGAUGCGCCGUGAUGUGCAGACCGUCUUUCUGAAGACACCAAAGGAGAAACAGGUGAUGAUGUUCUCCGCCACCAUGACAGAGGAUCUGCGCAAUGUCGCUAAGAAGUUUAUGACAAACCCAACAGAGAUUUACGUGGAUCAACGGGCAAAGUUAACACUUCACGGACUUGCGCAGUUCUAUAUGAACGUCACAGAGGCUCAGAAGCUGCGGAAACUCUGCGAUAUUCUCGAUGCGGUGGAGUUCAAUCAAGCUAUCAUCUUCACCUCAUCGGUGGAACGCUGUGAGGCGCUUAGCCGUCAACUGCAGUCACUCAAAUUCCCUGCCAUGGCGAUUCACUCCCACAUGGAUCAACAGGAGCGUCUCCGCGUGUAUGAAAGCUGCAAAACAAACCACACCCGCAUUAUUGUCGCAACCGAUCUUUUUGGCCGAGGUGUUGAUAUUGAUCGUAUCAAUCUUGUUGUGCAGUUUGAUAUGGCAUCAGAUGCUGACUCUUAUCUGCAUCGUGUGGGUCGUGCCGGUCGGUUUGGUACGAAGGGACUCACCGUGGCUUUCCUCACUGAAGAGGAAAAGGAGAUUAAGCGUGAAAACCGCAAAUACACCGAUCAUGGCGUCAUGAAGGAGGUACAAGAGCGGUUUGAAAUGCAGGUACAGGAGUUAACAGAUAUCAGCACUCAACUUAAUCAGAGCCAGUACAUGAACCAGUAG